CGGUGGCCGAGACCCUUUAAAAAAGGUCGGGUGACCUCAAGAUGCGCAUAGAGCCUAGUUUAAAGCCCACAUGGCGCCUUGUUUAGAAGGAAAAAAGUCCGGUUAAGAGACAAUUCCGCAAGUUCUUAAGCUUCAUUCCAAGUUUUGUUUUCAGUAAGAUCAUUGCAUCCCAUUAGACCUAUUUAUUUUACAAUUUCCAGAUCCAACUGAUCUAAACGGAGAACAAUCAGGAUGACGUCGGCUCAAGGACUCCCAGAAUUCAGCUUAGCCAACAGGGUGGUGCUGGUGUCUGGGGCUGCUCGAGGUCUUGGUCUCACGCAAGCAGAAGCAUUGCUGGAAGCUGGGGCAAAAGUGUAUGCUCUCGACAGGCUCCCCGAACCUUCACCAGACUUCCACACAGUCGCUGAGAAGGCAAAGAAGCUUGGAACGGUGCUCGAAUACAGGCAAAUUGACGUGCGAGAGGUAGAAGCCCUGCACAAGAUUGUACAAGAGAUUGCAGACAAGGAGGGGAGGCUCGAUGGAUUGAUUGCAGCUGCUGGCAUCCAACAGGAAACCCCAGCCCUAGAAUACAAGGCUGAGGACGCCAACCUCAUGUUCUCGGUCAACAUUACCGGUGUCAUGAUGACGGCUCAAGCGGCUGCGAAGCAAAUGAUCAGAUUUGGAAAUGGUGGAAGUAUCGUCCUCAUUGCGAGCAUGUCUGGGUCUGUUGCUAAUAGGGGUCUUAUAUGCUCGGCAUACAAUGCAUCAAAAGCAGGUGUAAUUCAACUCGGUCGGAACCUCGCGUCCGAAUGGGGCGAGCAUAACAUUCGGGUCAACACCAUCUCGCCAGGAUACAUUGUGACGGCAAUGGUGGAGGAACUCUUCCAGCAGUAUCCUGAGCGAAGAGAGCAGUGGCCGACACAAAAUAUGCUGGGACGUCUGUCAGCUCCCAACGAGUAUCGAGGGGCUGCUGUGUUUUUGAUUAGUGAUGCUAGCUCAUUUAUGACUGGGUCAGAUCUGAGGAUGGAUGGUGGGCACGCUGCGUGGUAAAGGCAUAACAAGGUGGAGAGACGAGAGGGGCGUAUAUACGUAUAUACGUAUAUACAUGGUGCAAGAUGAGUGUAUCGAAACUCAGAUUCCCGUAUGGGUGAGAACAAUAUGAUAUGCAACACUAUGCAAGAGGGUUGGUUGUAUGAAGCAGUUCGGAGGUCCACAUCGCUGAGUAAGCAACCGCUGGUGACAAGAGCAUUCACACUCCAAGGCUGCC